AUGUUCUUCCUCAAAGAGCUUGAGAAGACAAUCCAGCUGCAUCCGUCGUAUUUCGGCCCCCUGAUUCGGUCGCACAUCCAUCGCGAACUGCUGCAGAAGGAGGAGGGCUCGAGUACAGGAAAGUACACCAUUGUGUGUAUACUAGACGCCUUCGACAUCUCAGACGGAAAAGUGCUGCCUGGAUCCGGACAUGCUGAAUACAUCGUGCACUACAAAGCCAUCGUGUGGCGGCCGUACAAGGGCGAGGUGAUGGACGGCGUAGUCACCUCAGUCCUCCGUACCGGUUUCUUCGUGGACUGUGGCUCGCUGCAAGCAUUCGUAGGACGUAACGUAAGGAUGCCAUGCGCCUCAUGCAGGUACCCGUCGACUAACACCACGCAGAUGAUCCCAUCAGACAUCACAUUUGACGCAAAUGCUACACCACCACAAUGGACCGACAACGGUGAGCAAGUCAUCGAAAAGGGUACCAACAUUCGCAUCAAAAUCAAGGGUCUCCGAUCGGAGGUUGACAAAAUGUUUGCCGUCGGCACCAUGAAGGAGGAUUACCUUGGCCCUCUACCCCAAUAG